AUGGCGACUCGAGUGGUGGCUCGUCUCUCGGUAGACGACGCGGAUCCUUUGUCAGUGCAACCGCCUCUGUACGAGACUCCAGACGAACGCAAUGCACGAAUAGCGCUGGAGCAAGCCGCCAAGGCCAGAUCUGACACCAUCGACGAAGAAUUGGAGAGGAUGAGGGCUAGUGAGAGGAGGGGACCAAAACCCAUCAAGAUCCUUCUGCUAGGUCAAAGCGAAUCUGGCAAAUCCACAACGUUGAAGAACUUCCAGCUCAUGUACGACCUCAAGUCGUUCCGAGCGCAACGUGCAUCGUGGCGAGCUGUCAUUCAGUUAAACGUCGUCCGAUCAAUCCACAGCAUCCUCGACGCCAUGACACGAGCCGAGAAAUACGACCACGGGCCCUCAUCUUCGACAAGCUCUAAAGGCGACCUCCCGUUGCUAACUCCGGAGUUACUCGCCAUUAAAUCACGUCUCGAGCCGUUGGUAGAGGUCGAGAAGAUGUUGAUACGCCGCCUGACAUCUGCCGGCUCCGGUGAAAUCGAGGCUACCCAGCUGCAAACGACUAACGGAACCGUUGUACUGCCGAAAUCUUCCCCAAAAGAAGUCGCGAUUAACUCUACCAUCCCCUGGAGAAGUGCAUUCAACAAGCUGGUCGGGUCUGCGGACCGAGGUAGCUUUGAGAGCGAGGACGGGAUUGACUGGGACGAUCCAGACGACCCUGGGCCUGUUCUUCACUCGGCUUCAGAACAUAUGAAGCAGCUUUGGGCCAGUCCCAUCAUCCAACAGCUCCUCGAGAAAGAGAAUGUCAGACUAGAGCAGCUUUCUGGAUUCUUUUUGGACUCACUGGAUCGGGUGACAGCCGCUCGAUAUAUCCCCACUGAUGAUGACAUCCUCCGUGCGCGAUUGAAGACGCUAGGAGUCAGUGAACACCGGUUCAAGAUCAGCACCAGCGGCAGUGUUCGAGAUUGGAAGGUCUACGAUGUCGGCGGCCAUCGAUCACAGCGAGCUGCUUGGGCCCCUUACUUUGACGACAUGGACGCGAUCAUCUUCCUGGCGCCGAUAAGUUGCUUCGAUCAAGUCUUGGAAGAAGAUCACAAAGUAAACAGACUGGAAGAUUCGUUCAAGCUCUGGACGAUGAUCGUUUCAAAUCAGCUCCUCAAGAACACAAACCUUAUCCUGUUUUUGAAUAAGAUCGACAUUCUUCGCACCAAGCUUGCAUCUGGGAUCAAACUUAGGGACUACGUCGUAUCAUACCAGGAUCGCCCGAAUGAUGUCGAAAGCACGACUUCCUAUUUAAAAAGAAAGUUCGGUGGCAUUUUACACGAGCGUUCACCGCUACCACGAGUUUUCUAUUGCCAUCUGACGACAGUGACGGACACCAACUCUACCAAUCGCAUUCUUUCCAAUCUGAAGGACAUGCUCAUGCGACAGAACCUCAUGAAGACAAAUCUCAUCUCAUAA